UGGUUAAAAAAAAUCAAACCCGCCCUUCUGAUGCUUCUGGUUCAGUCGGUGUUCGCAGGAGUCAACGUUCUCUACAAAUUGGCUGUCAACGAUGGAAUGAAUUUGAUGAUCAUGAUCGCUUUUCGUUUCGUGUUCGCUUCCCUUUUCAUGCUUCCCCUUGCCUUCUUUCUCGAAAGGAAUAAACGGCCGAAGAUGACAUGCUCCAUACUCUUCUAUGGAUUUCUUUGUGGAUUAUUUGGAGGGACGUUGAGUCAAAACUUAUACGUACAGAGUUUGGCAAUGACGUCAGCAACAUUUGUUUCGGCCAUGCAGAAUCUCUCUCCGGCUAUUACCUUCCUUCUCGCCCUCCCCUUCGGGAUGGAAAAGUUGGAGAUGAGGAGCAAGGAAGGGGUGGCCAAGGUGGCAGGAACGUUGGUGGGGAUUGGUGGGGCCAUGUUUCUUACUUUCUACAAAGGCAUCCAGAUCAGCAUUUGGUCAACCCACGUGGACCUUCUCCGUGGAGGACACUUGGCACAUCUUCCUCAAAAUCCUCACCACUCCCACAAUUUUGUGCUUGGAAGUCUGCUGGCUCUCGCCAGCUGCCUCUCUUACUCUUUCUGGCUCAUCCUUCAGACAAAAAUGACGAAAAUAUAUCCAUGUCAAUACUCGAGCACGGCGUUGAUGUGUAUGAUGGGAGCAAUUCAGGGGUUGGCAAUAUCAAUUUGUGUGGAGAGGGAUUGGAAGCAAUGGAAAUUGGGUUGGAAUAUCAGGCUUCUCACCGUCGCAUUUGCCGGGAUUGUGGCGUCGGGAGCCAUGGUGACGCUGAUGGCGUGGUGCGUACGUAUGAGAGGGCCAUUGUAUGUGUCUAGUUUCAGCCCUCUUAUGCUUCUCCUGGUAGCUAUUGCUGGAUCCCUAUGCCUCCAAGAAAGCUUGCACCUUGGCAGUGUGAUUGGAGCAGUGCUGAUUGUGUGUGGUUUAUACAUGGUGUUGUGGGGCAAAAGCAGAGAGAUGAACAACAUACUUCCAUUGAAAGACGUUGAGGUUACCACUCCAAAGCCUCAAAAUGAAAGUCAAUUUUAUGAUAUCAAGAACAACACAAGCAUUACCACUUGA